GAGGAGGAGGAGGAGAAUAGGCGACGUUCUUUCUGUAACAUUUCAAAGGAAUCGUUCAGCCUAAUCUGGAGAUGGGAAAAAGAGAGAAGAGACGGCUCCAGAGAAUGAUGGAGAGACCGACUUUUCUGUAAUGUUUCCAUUGAUGAUUGUUCUGAAGAUCCGAAGUCCUCCUGUGCCAGAAUAUCAAUCUCUGCGGAGUAUUUGAGGGUGACUAUGCUACUGAGGGGGUCUUUAAGGGCGAGCAACGCUUUACUUUUGCAGACAGAAACUGAGUUGUGUUCAUAGAACACAUUAAUCUCGACGUUUUCUUCUCCUUCAAGCUGCCUUUGUCGGAUUUUAUUUUUAAUUUCAGAGAAGUGCUUUUCCCCCCCACCUCAACUGAUCGAGUCCUUGUUAAUCAACCCACUUAGGCUACUUACUUUAAAAAAUAUAUCUUGCUGUUGUUUUUCCAAGAGAGAGAUUUCUUGUUGGGUCUUGUUGUCCUAAAUACUUAAUUUUUUUUUUUAAAGGUAAUCGGGUCUUUAACAAUUAAUCCUACACAGAAUCAUGGCACGGAGUGUUGGAAAACUAAGAAGAAUUUGGAAUUUGCCUUGCUUGAAGUUAUUCUAGCUGUCGAGAUUAAACAGAGGGAAUCUGGGCUUCGUAUGUGUUUCACUCUGAUUUAAUUUCAAACAAUCGAAUGACCGGACAAACUGAAACAGGGUUUAUGAAGAGGAAGAAGCAUUCCGGAGACGUUUUAAGAGCGCCCACAGUCACCAGGAAUCCUGUUUUCUUAUUUUUUCUAUUCAAAGUUAUUUUGAUCUGUCUGGUUCCGUAUUUUUUUUGGUCAUUCAUAAAAAGGCAGCUAGGUUAAGGGUGGGGGGGACGGACGGACGGACGGACGAGGAGAUUGAGUUACAAAACUUCGCAGGCUAUGAGAGAACCCGUUCUCUCUUGCUUGAGUGCACAACUACUGGAUGUAGAAUCCUUAAGACGACCAGGAAUGCUCCACAGGACUAAAUAUAGUCGUUUCAGAAAUGAGUCCCUCACCUCGCUGGAGGAAGACACGUCGUCGAGCGAUCUCCUUCGCCUGAAGGCCUCGUCCGCUUCUCCUUCCCCUACGUCGAACACGCUCACUGAAGAUGUCCCAGUUGGUACCUCGGACAGCUCCAUUUCUUUGUGCACCUUGGUACCUCGCAUGGCCAACGUCAAACUGGCCAACCCUUCCACCUUACCAAACCUGAAGAACUUCUGCUUACGGGCGAAAGAGGUGCCAAGGUUGAAACUCACAGAAUGCGUCCCUGUUCAAAGCGGCCCAACCGUGCCAGAAACCAGCUUCAGCAGCUCCGUGUCUUCUGGUUAUUCCCAGGGAGACCCAGGCAAGGCAUUCAGGUCCAAGUCAAACGCCCAAGAGAACUGUGUCUUGUUAGCUGUGGGGGACUCUGCCUUCUUGUCUAAACCGAGCAAAGAUCUUGGACCAAAGGGUGAAUCCAGCUUGGAGACUGGAAUAUCCUACGCUGCCCGAUAUAUGGGCUGCAUUGAAGUCCUGCAAUCAAUGAGAUCUUUGGAUUUUGGCACUCGGACUCAAGUAACCAGGUUGGAUCUCUUUUUAAUCGUCUUCCACACAUUAGUUCUUGCUCUGCCCAUCUUUUCUGUGGCAGGCCCUCGAGUGCUGGAAAACAGCUCUCAUAUCACCCCCUACGUCUUCUUUUGGUUAAACUAG